AUGAAUUUUAAUAAAGACAACUGCAUAUUUUGUGGCUCAACAUUGAUAGGAUGCGCGGAUGUUAUUCAAAAGCCUACUUUAAGAGGAUAUGCCUCAACAUUUUCCGCGGCACAAUUGAGAAAUGGUAGCGGAUAUGUUAGGUGUGGUGAAAAUUUUAACAUUAAAACCGACUGUUUAGUAAGUGGAAAAAGCGGAACAGUAAAAAAGAAGAGCCUAAUUUCGAUUAGUGCGGGAACUGGAAGCAGUACACGAGAAAAAAUAUUGGAAACCUCAAUAUUAACAAAUGAUAGCAUUAUACAUAGACGAAUGGAAUUCUACAUAUACUUAUUUGCUGCGAAUGUGAAAUACUACCAAUCCUGCUACACAAAAUAUAUCAGUGAAAGAAAUAUGACCAGCUUUACUAAGGAAGUAAAUGUAUUGCCUGAAUGCAGUGAUUUUGAAGAAGAUGCCUUUCAAAUAUAUCUUAGAAGAAAAAAAAUGUGUAAUGCUAAAAGACCUAUAUGUAAUCAACUAAAAGAUACAUUGGAAAACUUAAAUAUUGAUUUAGAUAUUGCAAAUAAUACUAGUAGUGAUAUAAGAAAAAAAAUUGAGAAGAAAUUUGGUGAAUCGCUAUCAUUUCUGAGCCAUCCAGGAAAACCUACACUUGUAAUUUCAAAGGAAUAUGAAUACGAUAUUAUGUAUGUAUCUAUUACAAAAGAACACUCGGGCUCUAAGGAAGAACUUGUAUGUGAAGAAAAUUAA